AUGAGCCAUACACAGAAAAGCGCACUAGUGCUUGGCUUCCCCGGGUUCAACGUUUUCGAUGUUUCAGUACUCUACAACUCGGACUUCUCCAUGAGCUAUGCUGCCAAGGAUGAACUCACAACAUCUCAAGAGAGCGCAACAGUUAAGAGAGACAUAUCCCUUGCUGAAGCCAAACUUCAUCUAUCAAAUCAUGAAAUAUUGAUCGUUCCUGGCUCGCGACCAAAUAAUAUCCUACCACAUGUGGAAUCCGAACAGGGGCAGCUAUCGGAGCUUGUUAAAUUUAUCGCCUGUUUUGCAUCUGAUACAGAUCAAGAUAGCGUGAGGCAACGUACCUUCUUGGCAGUUUGCAUUGGAGCCUACUUCUUAGCCUUGGGGGUGUACUUGAUGGCCUCACUGCAACCACACACCUUCUUGCUGUCCCCGGGCUACGAGAUGCAACUCAACGUUAUCUGGAUCCAACUCCCGGUGCGAAAGGGUCUAGAGUCGUUCUCAAAGAUCCCUCGGACCUGGUUUCCUAUUUGGAUGCUGGUCAGAACCAGUUCGGAGUCAGAACCAUCACGACAGGCGCUAUGA